UGGAGAACCAAGAUUCAAUGAUUCGAAUUUGCUUUGAUAGCAAGGGGAUGGAGUUGCUGAUAUUUACAUCAGGAAGUCUACAGUUAGACUCACGAGUGGCAGAUUUCUUAUGGGGAAUCUUUCGUUGUAUAAAGAAGGAUGUUGCUCAUAAUAAGGUACCUGAAGGACUCCCGUCAACGGUCGAUCAAGAAAACGUGGAUGACAAUAAGAUUGUGGAUAUGGAAGUUGACAUGGUAGGUGGAAAGAUGGUGGGAAGAGUUGAUAUAGUGGUUCCGAGGGAUUCAAAGGUUAUCUGGAACACUAAAUCAUCAUCAGACCAGAUGUGGCUUACAAAAGACUUGGGAAAAGAAGAGGUUAAAUCCCCCUUGAAACAGAGGAGGAGGAAUCGGCAGGCCCUCAAAGUGCUACUGGUUCAACUGAGUGAAUGACAGGGGCAUCUUCAACUGUUAAUUAACCAUGGAGAUUGAAACUGCAGCUCAAGAGUCAUCACCAACUUUUAACCAGACAUAACCACAGUAGACUCGGCUUCAUCUAGGACCCCUUUGGGACAUAGCCACAGUAGACUAGAUAGCUAGCUUUCAACAAAAAAUAUAUAUACCCCCCUAAAGAAAAAACAGAGUCCUCUGCUUGUAGCGCCUCUUACUUGUAUUGGAUCUUUUUUGGCUAGGUGACAUCUCGGUUUGAUGAUAGAAGAUGUAUUUAACUAUGCAGAUGCAAUAACUUUAGUUAUUUGUGAAUUCUCAAA